CACCUACCUUCUUCAUACCAUCUCUCUCCAGCAAUCCCCUUUAAAGAGGGGUUUUAAAACUCAGAGUCGGACGGAAGAUAUUGCCUAUUCAUCAUCCAAUAUCAAGAUUGCCUGCUGUCACCAACACAACAAUUUCAAGACUAAAAGACAGGACACGCGAUGGCUUCGCAAACAGAAAUGGAAAAAACAAUCUCACAAGCUAUUGAUCAGUUCAGUGCAGGUCUUCGCGAACUGAGUCUCAAGAUUCACCAAAAUCCAGAGCUGUGCUACGGAGAGCACAAGGCCCACGAUGCAAUUUGCAACUACCUAAAGGCCUUAGGUCUAUCUAAUAUAACAAUCAUCCCCAAAGCAUACGGCCUCGAAACCUCCUUCCUUGCCGAUUACGGCGACGAAGACGGAGAAGUAGUCGACUUCUGCGCAGAAUACGACGCACUCCCAGAGAUAGGUCACGGAUGCGGCCACAACCUCAUCGCCAUCUCCUCUAUCGCCUCAUUCCUGGGUGUCGUUGCCGUGAUGAAGCAAACCAAGAUCCCAGGAAAAGUGCGUCUUCUAGGGACCCCCGCUGAAGAAGGCGGCGGUGGUAAGAUCAAACUGAUCGAAGCGGGCGCCCUGAAGGGCACAACCGUGUCGUUAAUGAGCCAUCCCACACCCCAGUUUCCCCAUAUGCCUGCCAGCUCUACCGGUGUCGCAUUCGGCUCCUGCUUAGCGGCGACUGGGUUCCUAGCUAACUUUACUGGGAAGCCUGCGCACGCGGCUCAGAUGCCCUGGGCAGGUGUGAAUGCUCUUGAUGCGGCAACACUAGCGUAUCAGGCUGUUGGUUUGCUGAGGCAGCAUAUCAGGCCUAGUGAUCGGAUCAACAUUAUCAUCCCGGAAGGAGGGACCGCUCACAAUAUCAUUCCGGAUAAGGCACAGAUUCGAGUAAAUGUUCGAUCUGAGACGCUGAAAGAGAUGAAUAGCCUGCGGGAGCGCGUUGAAAAUUGCAUGAAAGGAGCAGCGUUGGCUACGGGUUGUAAGGUUGAUAUUGUUCCAGCAAUGGACCCCUAUGCAGACAUCCGACCCAACGAGAGCCUCUGUACAGAGUUUACCCGAUACAUGGGUUCCAAGGGAAUGGAAUACUACUGCGACUUACAAAAGAAGGAUAUCGGUGCAUUCAGCACAGAUAUGGG